CUUCCUUGCCUGAUCAGGAAUCUGCAUGAAAGGCUGGUUCUCCCGUUUCUCUUUAAAGCAAAGAGAAACUUCUCAAUGUUAACAUGUAGCAAAACUGAAAGAAAGAAAAGCCUGUUUGGUCCGCCUCCCUGGCUGUUGCUACCUUGCUGUUUCUGACACGCAGACCGGGAGGUCUGAUGAAGUGUUCCUGUAGCCCCAGAGCCGCUCGGUCCCCCUGGUAACCAGAGCCCUGAGCGCAGACCGCUCUUGCGACUUUCUCGCGUGGUUCUUUUGUGUGACUUUGGGAAGGGCUGGUGGAGGAUUUCUCAGCGUGUGCCGGCAGAGGCAAGCAAGCCGCGCGGGGAGGAAGGACCCACGCCGCGCGGUAGCAGAAGGAAGCCAACUCGGACCUCACAGGGCUGGAACUCGCUGCACUCUGGCAUGCAGUUUUUCAAGUCAGCAAAAACAACAAUCAAAUUACUAUCUUGUUGUGCCGCUGGAAGCUCCUGGAGAGGGAUUUGUGCGCUGGCUUAAUGACCGUGCGAAAGGAGGGGAGUUACAGAAUAGCCCAAUGUAUCUGCUUCAUGGAUCCUGGGGACAAGUCAGACUGCACUGAAACUGCGAAGAGAGGAAAUAUAAAGAAGCAUCCCAGUCCUUUAACUGUUGUUACAAUGACGGAGAGAAAGUCAGCCAAAGGAGUCCCCGUGUCCGCCAGCUUCCACAUGGUGCCGUGCGGGGACGCAAAGAUGAAUGGUGAAGGGAAGCUGUAACGUGUGAGUCUUUCAACACCUCAUCUGCUCCAAGUCCUGGCAUCAACAUGGAUAUUCUUUGUGAAGAAAACACUUCUCUAAGCUCAACUCCGAACUCCUUAAUGCAAGUAAAUGAUGACACAAGGCUCUACAAUGCCUUUCACUCAGGAGAAACGAAUACGUCUGAUGCAUUUAACUGGACAGUAGAUUCUGAAAAUCGAACCAACCUUUCCUGUGAAGGGUGCCUCUCCCCAACAUGUUUCUCCUUACUUCAUCUCCAGGAAAAAAACUGGUCUGCUUUAUUGACAGCUGUAGUGAUUAUUCUAACCAUUGCUGGAAACAUACUCGUCAUCAUGGCAGUGUCCUUAGAGAAAAAGCUGCAGAACGCCACCAACUAUUUCCUGAUGUCCCUUGCCAUAGCUGAUAUGCUGCUGGGUUUCCUGGUCAUGCCUGUGUCCAUGUUAACCAUCCUGUAUGGGUACCGGUGGCCUCUGCCUAGCAAGCUCUGUGCAGUCUGGAUUUACCUGGACGUGCUCUUCUCCACGGCCUCCAUCAUGCACCUCUGCGCCAUCUCACUGGACCGCUACGUGGCCAUCCAGAACCCCAUCCACCAUAGCCGCUUCAACUCCAGAACUAAGGCAUUUCUGAAAAUCAUUGCCGUUUGGACCAUCUCCGUAGGUAUAUCCAUGCCCAUCCCAGUCUUUGGGCUGCAGGAUGAUUCCAAGGUCUUCAAAGAGGGGAGUUGCCUACUCGCAGACGACAACUUCGUCCUGAUCGGUUCCUUUGUAUCAUUUUUCAUUCCCCUCACCAUCAUGGUGAUCACCUACUUUCUAACUAUCAAGUCGCUUCAGAAAGAAGCUACUCUGUGUGUUAGUGAUCCUAGCACACGGGCCAAAUUAUCUUCUUUCAGCUUCCUGCCUCAGAGUUCCCUGUCUUCAGAAAAGCUCUUCCAAAGGUCAAUCCACAGGGAGCUCGGGUCCUAUGCCGGCAGGAGGACUAUGCAGUCCAUCAGCAACGAGCAGAAGGCUUGCAAGGUGCUGGGCAUUGUCUUCUUUCUGUUCGUGGUGAUGUGGUGCCCGUUCUUCAUCACGAACAUCAUGGCUGUCAUCUGCAAGGAGUCCUGCAACGAAGCCGUCCUGGGAGCCCUGCUCAACGUGUUCGUCUGGAUCGGGUACCUCUCCUCAGCAGUCAAUCCCCUCGUCUAUACACUGUUCAAUAAAACCUACAGGUCAGCUUUUUCACGGUAUAUUCAGUGUCAGUACAAGGAAAACAAAAAGCCUUUGCAGUUAAUCUUGGUGAACACUAUACCGGCUUUGGCUUACAAGUCUAGUCAACUCCAAGCGGGACAGAAAAAUAAUUCUAAGAAAGCUGCCACUGCCACAGAUAAUGACUGCUCUAUGGUAUCUCUAGGAAAACAACAUCCAGAAGACACUUGUACAGAUGGUAGCCACACCAUGCACGAAAAGGUUAGCUGUGUUUGAUGAGCUGGUUGCCAUGGCAACUGUGGAGGCACAGGGAACUAGAUGUCAUCUACCUGGGGGAGAAAAAAUAAGAUUAGAAAAGAAUUAAACUGUUCUAAUGGAACUGAAACUAAUGUCUAUAUGGUUCAAUAUAUUCCAUCUGUAAAAAGCAGGGUUAAAUGCCACAGAACACGCAUUUCAAAAAUGUAUUCUAAAAUGUCUAGACCACAUUUUAGAUGAUACUUUUAACAUUCUCAAUGACGUCUUUGAAAUAAUUAGCUUUUUGUGCAAUUAUAAUGAGGCCCUAAAUAAAUCUAAUCUAACUUCUGUUAUCAAAUGGAAAUCUUACUAUUUCUGUUGACAGCAUCAGAUUGUGUUGCUUUCCUAGUGCUGUAAAUAAAAAUAACUGUAAAUAAUGAAAAUUUUGUUUAAUAUAAUGGCCUCUUAAAUAAAGACAGAUUUGCUCUUUCAAAUUUGUCAUGACAUAUAUUAUGAAAGGAAAGAAAGGCACUUAAAGACAGUACUAUGAAAUUUGUAUUGCUAAGACUAUCAGGUGAAAUAUUUGUCAGCACUUCUCAUUCCUGCUUUUUCAUAAAUAUCACUCUUAAAUAUUUACAAGAUUGCUGGUAGUGGCUGCAUUUCAAGUUAAUUAUCAGGAGUGGAAAAGAUUUUAAAUAUUAUUGAACAAUUGCUGCUUUCUCUUCUACUUGUGCUUUACUCUGAAUUUCCAAUGUGGUAUUGUUUAAUAUUUGUUUUUAAAUGUAAACUAUCAACAGGAUAAUUUAACAUUGCCAAAUACAUGUCUAGAAAUUGCUUCUUUUAAACAGUACCACAGAGGUAUUUGGUAACUUCCUGUAAAGUUACUGUAUUGUGCAUGAGCUCCUUUGAACUCUAAACAGUAUGUUAAUGUAACUGUGUCAAGGCUGAAAAAUAAACUCAGGUUCGGGCUGUUUCCAAGUAUAAAGCCUUAGGACAUCUCUGUACAAAGUAGGUGACUUUCCAAGUGACAUUCAUUUGAUGCCUUCAAAUCAAUAGUACAUUUAUAUUAUUUAUUAAAAUGAUUUAGCUUGGCUGCAUAAUCAUCAGUUGAGUACAUACUUAGGAGUGGGGCAAUUUUCUACGUACUAGGGAUAUGAAAACAAUUAAAGUAAGAUCCUUGCCUUUAGAGAAAAUGACAAAAUGAAAUGGGCUUUCUCAAAAGUAUAUAAACAGACUUAUUUUGAAAGUCAAUUCAAUUUAUUCCCUUGUUACCUUGUUCAGAAAUGGGUUUGUCUGAGCUCUGAAGGUAGUUUCCUCAGCUAAGUUUCCUGAUUGGUUCCCAGUGAAUGCCAACCAAGCAGGAAAGAGGGCAAAGAUCACUCGAGGUCACAUAUUGUCAUUAAUCUGCCCCUCGGUCUGGAUCUGUUAUAACCAUCAAAGUUUGGAACAAAAUUUUUGUUUCAUCCCUCUAAAAGUGCACUCAGUUUAGUAUUGCUGACACUGGAUUCUCUAAGAAAAAAAGAAGUUAAAUGUGAUAUUUUGUAGAAAUGGUUGCUAAAGAGAGAAAAGAUGAAAAGCAGUUAAUUCCACCUUGACAUUGUCAUACUUAAAACUGCACAGUUUUACUGGAACUGACGUUAGGUAUUUUAUUACAAUGCUGAUGCAUGUCUAUUGGAUAUGAAGUAGUCUUUAUCUUAAAUCUUUGGAUAACAUGCAGAGUUGAAAAUUAAACUAGAAAUCAUCAUUAUGCAACUUGGAAAUGUAUUGAGGCUAGCCUAAUAACGUCUUUACAGAUCUAAUUUGAAAGACAAUUCACUAUUUCACUGCUAGAAUCUAUAAUAUGCCAAGAGCAGCAGGGCUGCAUUUCAAAUGAACUAUUCUUUAAUGAUAAUACCAGUCCGAAUGAUGAAAAUAUAAAUAUUCUGCUGUAGCUUAUUUUGCCUUAGUUUAUAAAUUUACACAUUCCAUUAUAUAUUCGAGGAAAGAUUACAGAUUCUAUGCCCAUAUACUCAAUCUUGAUCAGAGUGAAAAUAAAUAUUUCCUGGCAAAUGUCUUCUGGUUAAAUAAUACUUCAAGUGUGACUGUGGGAUUUUUUGCUCCAUAAGUAUCUACUUAAAUGUAUAUAGGUAAGCAUGUAGCUGUAUAUAUGUACAGACAUGUUCCCGUGCACUUUAUUCAAUAUUUAUAUAUUUAUAUGGAAGAAGAACAAGUCAGUGAAAACAGUAUUUACAUACGUGUGCAUGUUUGCAUAACAUUGAUUUAAAUGUGAAUUCACGUUCCAACAUUCCUAUGACCUUCCAUUAGUGUCGAAGGAGGUUAAAAUGUAAACAAAUUUUAUCAUUUAAAUAAACUGGAAGUUUCCCUAAUUUUGUGGAAAGACUUUAAUACAAUUCUAUAAAGAUGACAAAAACAAUAACCCAGAUGUAGACUCACUGAUGGGGGGGGGGUGCUUUUGUUUAGUCUGGAACUUCUUGACUAUUAUGGCUUUUUAAGUAAACUCCUCACCCCAGUGGAAGAGUCCACGACAAAGGACUCACUCCUAACCAACUUUAAGUUAAUCAAGAGAUUUAUCUACACUUAAGAAAGAAAUUAAAUGCAGUAGUUAGAGAAAACUCAAUUUAAAGUAUAGGUAAUCUCUUGGCUACUUGGCGACAUCGCCACCUCGUGGUCAUUUCUUAAAGUGUUACCACAGUCAAGUUGAACUAAAUUAUUGUACUGCUUCUAGCAAAGGGUGCUUUUCCCAAUUGUGCAUCAAUGAAAUAUUUAUAUAGUGUCAAAUUCUUCUGUGCCAUAUGUAACAAAUUCAGUGAAGAUUAUUUUAUGUACUGAUUUUAAUCAAGAUGAUUCUAAAAUAUUUCAGGAAUG